AUGAGAGCGAAUAGGAUGGCAUGCACAGUUCUCUGGGCUCUGGGAAUAGUUGGGGGCACAAGAGGAGCUGCCGUAUUGGGGGUCCAGGAGGAGAGAGAGGCGAACGCACUGAAAGGCCUGGCGUGGGCUGGGAUGUGCGAGUUCGAUGCGUUCGUGAAACUCCUCGAGGAAAAAACCAGCGCAAGACAGGCCCGCAGUCAGACCAUGCACGACGCAAAGGAGGGCCUGAAAAGACUUGCUUUUUGCUGGAGUGUCGUAUACACAAAUCUGAUGCGCCUGCGUGUAAGCAGAGUUUUGGACGAAACAGCAGAGAACGACUCCAUUCGCAGUGCAGAGACUGGUGCAACGCGCAUAAAAGACCUUCUGGGGGAGAACAGGGGAAAAUUCACGAACUUCACGAACGCAGACAUAGAGCAUCUCAGGAGUAUCUGCAGGGCAGUGAUAUGCACGAGCAAAGAAGCAAGAAUUCAGGCGAGAUUAUGCAUAUACAGAGUGUACAGGGCAGAGAUAGAAAUUAUCAAGGAUGCCCUGAGAGAGCGCAGGGAGCGCCUGGAGGCAGCGUACGAGAACCUGAAGGAGAGUGUGCAGGCGUGUGGGUGCGAUUUCGAGAGGAUGGACGGGCUAGAACUUCGCAUGUUUGCAUACUUUGAAAUGCCGAACUUUAUGCAGGAGUCUAAGAAUGAGAUGGCGGAUAUGGUGAAGAACUCGGAGGAGAGGGAGAUGAUUCGGGCUGCAAGAGGGGUUUGUAAGGCGCACGUGCCAACGGAAAAAGAAGCAGCUUCGGUUGAGAAGGUGUGGGAAGAUAUUGCCCAGAUUAUGAACGACUUCUAUAGUACGCUGUCCAUUUGGAGAACAGCCAUUAAAAGGGAAGUAAAGGAGAUGGAGAAGAGUGUGGAAAGUUCAGUUGAGGAGGCCAUAAAUAGGUGCAAAAAAGGGAAAAAUCCAGAAGUAAGUGCAUUAGAGAGUGAAAACACUAGGAAGUAA